UUUCCGGCAUACUUUGAAUUUUUCGAUUACUUAAAUUCGUCAGCUACAUAUGGUCACUGCUUACCGAAUUUUUUCUGCAAACACUAACUGAUUACUCUGCGUGUGACUAAACUUCAUGCUCAUGGUACUGCCAAUAAUAUAUAUAAAACGCACAUCUGUUUAAUAAACUACACUACCCUGAUAUCUAAGCUCUACAAUACUCUGUUGUUUCAACUUUUCGCCCAUGGAGAAUCUCAACUCUAACUACUACUUAGCUAUCUUGCUAUUUUUUGUUAUCCUUUUAUUGAAAUUCUUGCUUCAUUCCCGAAAACGCUUACCACCUAGUCCUCUGUCUCUUCCAAUAAUAGGCCAUCUUUACCUUAUAAAAAAUUCACUUCACCAAACAUUAACCUCCUUAUCAACUAAAUAUGGCCCUGUUUUAUAUCUCCGGUUUGGCUGCCGAAAUUUGCUGGUUGUGUCAUCUCCAUCCGCUGUGGAAGAAUGUUUCACAAAAAACGAUGUCAUAUUUGCAAAUCGGCCUAAGAGUAUGGCUGGAGAUAAGUUUUCCUUCAACUAUAAGGCCGUUGUUUGGGCUCCUUACGGCUAUCUUUGGAGGGCUCUUCGCCGUUUAACUGUAAUUGAGAUCUUCUCUUCCAAUAGCCUUCAAAAGUCUUCUGCUAUGCGGAAUGAAGAAAUUCGAACUCUUAUUCGCGGUUUGUUCAAAGCUAGCAAUAAGAAUAGCAAUAGUGGUGCAAAAGUUAACUUGAGUAGUUGGGUUUUUACUUUUGCGUUCAAUGUUAUGAUGAGAACUGGUACUGGGAAACGUUGUGUAAGUGAGGAAGACAUAGGAACAGAGAAGGGUAAACAAAUAAUUGAAGAGGUAAGGGGAUUUUUCUUCGCGACGUUGUUGGUUACGAACGUGUGUGAUUUCAUGCCAGUGUUGAAAUGGUUCGGAUACAAAGGGAUUGAGAAAAAGAUGGUCUCAGCACACAAGAAGAGAAAUGAAUUCUUGAAUAGUUUGUUCGAUGAAUUUCGAGGGAAGAAAGUUAUUAGUGUUUCAGAGUCCAGUACUAGGGAGAAGAAGAGCACACUGGUUGAAACUCUAUUGUCUCUGCAAGAAUCGGAACCCGAAUUCUACACGGAUGAUCUCAUUAAAAGUGUUCUAGUGGUUUUGUUUGUUGCGGGAACAGAGACCACAUCGACGACUAUUCAGUGGGCGAUGCGACUUCUUUUAGCUCACCCUGAGGCACUUCACAAUUUGAGAGCUGAGAUUGAUAGCAAAGUGGGGAAUCAGCGCUUGCUUGAUGAAUCUGAUCUCAUUAAACUGCCUUAUUUGCAGUGUGUUAUUAACGAGACGCUGAGAUUAUACCCUCCAGCACCGCUUCUGUUGCCUCACUACUCAUUAGAAGAUUGUACUGUCGGUGGCUAUGAUGUACCAAAACAUACGAUCCUAAUGGUUAACGCUUGGGCCAUCCAUAGGGACCCCAAGUUGUGGGACAAGCCUGAAAAGUUCAAACCGGAGAGAUUUGAGGCUAUGGAUGGGGAAAAAGAAGGCUUCAAUUAUAAAUUUGUGCCAUUUGGUAUGGGAAGAAGGGCAUGUCCUGGAGCCGCGAUGGGCUUACGUGCUGUUUCAUUGGUUUUAGGUUCUUUGAUUCAGUGGUUUGAUUGGAGAAGUCUGGAGUUGGAGGAAAACUUGGACGCGCGCUAUGAUUCUAGAAUGAGUUUGAACAAGGAUAUGCCUCUGGAGGCAAUUUGCAUUCCGCGCCAAAAUUGUAUUCAAUUCCUCGAUCAGCUCGGAAUGUUAAUAAAUAAGAUACCUGAGUUUAAGGACAAGGUGGAAAUGAAACAUGAAACAAUGCUUAAGUUGUUAUUUGGUGAAUGUGAGCUUAGUUUGUGGCUCUGGGCCUUAAAUGAAAGUCACCAUCACCACUUUUUAGCUGAAAAAUCCAAGAAUCUGGAGAUGGGCUUCAUAUUCUGCACUAUACUCCUGAUUUUCUCCAUGCUUUUUAUUCUGUAUCUGCAAAAUGCAAGAAAGAAAAAGCUCCCUCCAGGCCCACCAUCUCUACCAAUUAUUGGACACCUCCAUCUUCUCAAAUCUCCAAUCCACCAAACAUUCAAAUCACUUUCUUGCAAAUAUGGCCCAAUCAUGUACCUCCGUUUUGGUAUUUGUCCAGUACUCAUCGUAUCCUCUCCUUCAAUCGCUGAGCAAUGCUUCACAAAAAAUGACAUUAUUUUCGCCAAUAGACCAAAAUCUCUUGCCACUAAACACCUUGGCUAUAACCGCACAACAAUUGGAUUUUCACCUUAUGGUGACCAUUGGCGUAAUCUCCGCCGCAUUUCUAGCAUUCAAAUAUUUUCCACUUAUAGCCUCAACAGUUCCUCUGCUGUCCGCAAUGAAGAAGUCCGAUUCUUGGCUAAAAAACUAAAUUUGGACUACAAAGGAGAGGCUAAGAAAGUGAACUUGAAUUUUUUGUUUGAGACAUUGGUGUACGAUGUGUUAACAAAGAUGGUCGCGGGUAAACGUUGGCCUGAGUCAACUUAUGACAUGUUCGGUCUAACUAUGAUUAUGAAUAUUUGUGAUUAUAUUCCAGUACUUAAGUGGGUUGGAUUUCAAGGAUUAGAGAAGAAUUUGGUGGAGAUUAAGAAAACAAGAGAUAGAUUUCUUCAGGGUCUAAUAGAUGAAUGUCGUAAAAGCAGAGAUGAUUUAUCUAAUUUGGCUGCGGAGAAGAAAACAAUCAUUCACUCUUUGUUAUCUUUACAGAAAGACCAGCCAGAAUGUUACACAGAUGAUAUUAUUAAGGGUGUCAUAAUGGCAAUGUUCACUGCUGGAACACAUACUUCAUCUGUAACUUUGGAGUGGGCAAUGUCACUGUUAUUAAAUCAUCCAGAGGUAAUGAAAAAGGCUAGACUAGAAAUCGACAACCUCGUUGAAGCAAGGCGCUUGUUGGAGGAACCGGACAUCCUUAAACUACCAUAUUUGCGUUGCAUAAUCAACGAGACGUUGAGGUUAUUUCCUGGUGGACCACUUCUAGUGCCACAUUUUUCAUCACAAGAUUGCACUAUUGAAGGUUACCAUAUUCCUAAAGGUACAAUAUUGUUUGUGAAUGUUUGGGAAAUUCAGAGGGAUGGUAAAAUCUGGGAAGAGCCAAAUGAGUUUAAGCCAGAGAGAUUUGAAGGGAUAGAAGGGGCAAUUGAAGGGUGUAAAUUUAUACCAUUUGGUAUGGGGAGAAGGGCUUGCCCUGGUACUGGUCUGGCUAUGAGGUUGAUUGGUUUAGUUUUGGGCUUAUUUAUUCAGUGUUUUGAGUGGGAAAGAAUUGGGCCUGAAUUGGCGGGGUUGGAUGAAAGUUGUGGGCUGAUGUUAAGCAAACUUGAGCCUUUGGAGGCAUUGUAUAGGCCAAGAGAGUCCAUGGCCACACUCCUUUCUCAGCUUUGAGUUAAUAUGAAUCCGAGGAUCCUAACAUUUUUAGCCAUGCGACUAAAAUAAUUUUCAUUUGCCUAAUCGAAGCUGUUGGUAGUGGUCGUUAAUGUAUAUACCAUGUAUUACAAAUAUAUAGUUAAUGGGACAUUGACACUUCAUAUAUAUCAGUAACAGCACCAUUAGCUGAUGUUUGAUUUGUCCAAUCCAACUCCCUAUAAUGGAUCUCGUUUAAUUCGGCUUUUCUUUUCCUAA